GCCCACUUUGCUUGCUUUGCUUUUGAGUUACUGUUACUUAUUACGUUUUUUUAUAAUUAAAUGGUCAUGACUGUUUUGUUAUACAUACGUAAUCUCUAUUACAGUGAGUUAUAGGCAGUGCUACAUAAUUAUUGUAAAAGUUUUCGCAUAAAUUAUCAACAACAUGGUUCAGGCGGUAGAUGAGGUAGAGCAGCCUGACCUGCCCCAGGCUAUAAAACUGUUGAAUGAGAUGAACACAAAUGUGCAGCAAGUAUCACAACUUGUAGACAACAUGCUGGUUCGAGUUAAAAGUGGAGAGAUCUCUACAGACAAAGGACUUAGUUUUCUAGAAAUGAAAUACCAAAUGCUCCUCAGUUAUUUGAUAAAUCUAACUUACAUAGUUUUAAGGAAAUGUUCAGGAGAAAAGAUUGAAUCUGAUCCAUCUAUAGACAGACUUAUAGAAAUACGAACUGUCCUAGAGAAAAUUAGACCUAUGGAUUCGAAAUUGAAAUACCAGAUUGAUAAGCUUGUAAAAACUGCUGUUGUGGGCUCUACAAAUGAAGAUGAUCCACAGUCAUUCCGUGCUAAUCCUGAGAACCUUAUAAGCAAAAUUGAUGACUCAGAUGAUGAUUCAUCAGAUGCAUCUGAUGAGGAUACUAAAGAAAAAGCAAGUAAAUCUAAAGUUUAUGUUCCUCCAAAAUUGGCAGCUGUGCACUAUGAUGAAAGUAUGUCCAGACAAGAUAGUGAAAAGAAAAAUAAAGAACGAACUAAAAAACAAUUCCUGAACUCUAGUGUGAUGCGCGAACUUCGAGAGGAAUACUCAGAGGCUCCUUUAGAGGUGACUACUGGCAAUCAUGUGAAACACUCAAUAUCAAAGUAUGAGCAGGAGAAGACUGAAUAUGAGGAAAACUAUCUCACACGUCUGCCUGUUACUAAAGCUGAAAAGAAUCGCAGAAGAAAGUUGACCACUGUCGGCACCAUAGCCGAUGAGAUCACUGGAAGCCAACGAGUAGCACGUAAACACAAAAUGAAAUCUAAGAAGGGGAAAGGUUUUAAAAGGAGGAAGACUCAUUAGGCAUAUGUUUGUAUCUAUUAUUAUUGUAAAAUUUAAGUAAUAUUUUGCUUCAGUGUUUUAUAUACAUUGAAAAGUUGUGUCAUGCAUGUUUGGCAUUUAUGAAAUUAAAAAAUGUAAGAUGGAAAAGGCACACUUAAUUAUCAUUCAUUUCCAUAUUUAAAUAGUGUUGCAGAGUUAUUAUUUAUUUAGGUGUACUUUUUGGACCUCUUGAUAAAUAAAAAUAUGAUAAACUUUUAUCAUCUUCUGACAAACAUGUAUUUUCAAAAAACAAAUUGCUAAUAACUAAGUACCUAGAUAAAUCAGGAAAUUCUAUUUUGUUGUUAAUGAUAUUAACUAAUACAAAACAGUGACAGCCCAAUACAAACAGCCUCAACAGUCCUGUUGAUGUUAUAGCAUUUCAUAAUUUAACAAAUUCGAACUAAGUUUUGUAUAGUAAGUGGGUACAACUGAUUGAAAAAUAUUAAAGAACAUAAUACCAGUUAAUUUUCUGCAUUAUUGCAAGUUAUUUAUGUUUUGUUAUGUUAAAUGUAUUGGCAUUUUUUUGAAUUUCGUUAUUUUUUCUAUUUAGUUGUCGUAUUUCCUUUUUUGUGUAUUAUCUAAUAAAAAUGUUUGAAUUAAA